UUCCACCGGAUUACCCAACCUACCCCUCGGCAAAAUGGUGGCCUGAACCGAGCGUGUGGGGCCGGGCCGAGCGGGGGCAAAGUUUGGGGCGGGCCCGAGACAGAACCGAACCGGGUCAGAACCGGCUGUAAAGUCCCCGGGAGGCCGGGAGGAGCGGAACCCGAUUGGUUCAGAGCCGGACCGGGACCCCGGGGGGGUUGAGGGAGCCCAGCCAGGGCUUCUCAGUCAAAGCUGCAGAUCUGUAUUUUGCAGAAUCAGUCCAGAGACAUCUGAUGUAAAGGGACUGCACGGAAGGAGAAAGUGAAUCCAUUGGCUACAAACGUCAGAGAGCAGGGGCCGUUCAGAUGCUGCCAGAUGCCGCCAGGGGAGAGCUGACUCGGAGACAGGCGGACAGGGAGAUGUUUGGAUGGGACGUUGCUUUGGAUCUGAUAUCUGAGUGAGUGUCCCCCAACAUCAGACUUCAGCGCUGAGUGCAGGCUGGUGACCAGUUGUUGCGCCCAAGCAGAAAGGAGGAUGACAAGCACAGCUCCAUCCAAGAAGCCUUACCGCAAGGCUCCGCCACAGCACCGUGAGAUCCGCCAUGACCUUCCCAUCCUUCGAGACGACCAAGACGGUGUGAUUUUGGCUGAGCAGAGUCAGGAGCCCUUGACCGAUGCAGAGAGGAUGAAGCUGCUGCAGCAUGAGAACGAGGAGCUGCGCCGGCGGCUGGCCUAUGUCACUAACAAGAUGGAGGCGAUGGAGAGGGAGCUGGAGUCCGGCCAAGACUACUUGGAGCUAGAGCUGGGCCAGAACCGUGAAGAGCUGGAGAAAUUUAAGGACAAAUUCCGCAGGUUACAGAACAGCUACACUGCUUCACAGAGAACCAACCAGGACCUGGAGGAGAAGCUUCAUGCCCUGGCCUCUCUCAGCCAAAGCUGGAUUUUUGCAAUAAAAAAGGCAGAGCUGGACCGGAAAACCCUCGACUGGGAGAUCGUGGAGCUUACUAACAAGCUACUAGAUGCCAAAACCACCAUCAAUAAACUUGAGGAACUCAAUGAGCGCUAUCGGCAGGACUGUAACCUCGCAGUGCAGCUGCUCAAGUGCAACAAGUCCCACUUCAGGAACCACAAGUUUGCUGAUCUUCCCUAUGAGCUGCAGGACAUGGUCAAUAAGCACCUGCACAGCACCCAGGGGUCCCCAGGCCCUGGGCAGGAUGCUGCACAUACCCUAGCCCCAUCCGAUGUCGUGCCCACUUCAGUUAUUGCCAGAGUCUUGGAGAAGCCAGAGUCACUGGUCCUGAACUCAGCGAAGUCCAGCAGCGGCAGCUGCCCCAUGGCUGAGGACGUCUUUGUGCACGUGGAUAUGAGUGGAGCUCUGCCAGAUGCCUGCCCCAGCCCGGGGCUGCCAGGGAAGGAGAGAGGGGAGGUGGGGAAGCAGCAAAGUGGGGGUUGCAAGCCACAGAGCAGUGUGGAGAGCCUGUCAGAGGAGGUGCCAGCCUUUGAGAAGCUGAGCCCCUACCCCACUCCCUCCCCUCCCCACCCCAUGUACCCAGGGCGCAAGGUGAUUGAGUUCUCUGAGGACAAGGUGAGGAUUCCAAAGAACAGCCCCCUACCCAACUGCACCUAUGCCACGCGGCAGGCCAUCUCCCUGAGCCUGGUGCAGGGAGAGGAUGAGAGCAGUGACCGGCACCGGACGCUCCCUAACAGCCCUGGCUCAGAGGGCCGCCACUCCGCCUCCAGCUGCUCCUACCAGCCAUCUCCCAAGGCAGCUCGGGCACAUGGCUCCUCGCAAAGCAGCCCUUUCAGCAGCCCACCCCAGAUCCCCAGCGCCUUUGCUAGCUCGGCCAGCUCGGAGGAGGACCUCCUGGCCAACUGGCAGCGGAUGUUUGUGGACAAGGAGCCCCCCACUUCGGAGCAGGUGCUGGUGAGCCGCACUUCCUUCAGCCGUGACAUGGCGCCCGAGCUCCAGAAGCGAUUCAGCCGUUCCAUGCUGGAGCUGGGCAGGGCAGCCUCGGCCUACUCAGACGGUGAGGAGUCUGCACAGAGCUGCAGCUGGACCGUGAGUCGGGACUCAAGUGUGGACACAGACAGCAACGAGUCCCGAGCCCGCAGGAGCCAUUUCUCCUCCGACUAUGGCACAGACUUCUCCCAGGAUGAGGCUCGGAAGUCACUGCUGAGCCCAGCACCCGGCUGA